GGAACACAACCAGUGUGAACUAAAUAAUAAUUAUUAGUGUCUACAAAGACACUAUAAUAAUAAUUUUAUUUACAAAAGUAUAUAAAUCAGCCUGUGACGCAUAAAGAUUGCGAGAUAAAAAUGAUGGCGCGCUUUAAUUAUAAACUGACAUGACAGUGAAUAUUGGUAAUCAUUUGAAGACAACAUACACGCAAAGAUACAACGCAAUGCUGAAUUAAUUAUAUGACAAAAUUAUUUUAAUAAUUGAGCCUACGAAACUUACGAAGUGGUGAUUAAUUGGUAACUUUUCGCGCGGUGAUUUACGAAAUUGAAUAUUCGGAAGUGCCUGUUCCGACUACACAGACUGUGAAUAUUGCGAGGAUCGGAGACGACGUUACAAGAAACCCGGUAACACACAAAAAUACUGGUCCCCAAGUAUAACGAGCCAUAGUUACUGCAGCGCCAUGAGUCGCGCGGAAGCCGAGCCCCUGCUGCAGGGCGCCGUCACGCCAACUUAUAGAGCUGUCAGUUCUGAAAGCAUUGAUUCUUUGGGUCCAGCAGAACUAUCGUCCAAUGACGUCCUCACAACGUUCCACAAUACAUUCGAGAACACUUUCAAACCAGAAAGAGUAAAAAAACAAAGUUCGCUAGUCACUAUUUUCUCAGUAUGGAACACAAUAAUGGGUUCAUCGUUGCUGACGAUGGCGUGGGGCGUAGAGCGCGCAGGAUUGCCAGCCGCGCUGCUAUUACUCGCGUUCAUGGCAGCCCUAUGCCUCUACACAGCUUACGUGCUGCUCAAGGUCAAUAAACACCACGGUAGUGCAAGCUGUGAAGUUCCCGCUCUCUGUCGUGAGUUGCUGGGUCCUUGGGCGGAGGUGGUGGCCCACGUGUUCAGCGUGCUCGUGCUGCUCGGCGCCAACAUCGUCUACUGGAUACUCAUCUCCAACUUCCUAUACUUCACCGUCAAUUAUUUUAUUGAUCUCUCAUCUUCCAACGUGACGCAGUACAACACGUCCUUGCUGUGCCCCCGUCACGCGAACCAGUCCCUGCUACUAGUGGAGCCGGAGGAAGACUCCCCCUACUGGGGACUGCACACUACGGUGCCAGUCUACGUCGCACUCUUGGUGUUCCCGCUACUGAACUUCAAGGACGUGUCGUUUUUCACCAAGUUUAAUUCGUUGGGUACAUUAUCAGUAGCCUAUCUAUUAAUCUUCGUAUUAGUAAAAGGCUACGCGUGGGGCAUCAACAUUGGGUCCAUGAUGACGGAGACACACGCACUCCGCAACGCGGCUGUGCUCAGCGGGAUGUUGGCCCUGUCCUUCUAUAUUCAUAACAUCAUCAUCACUAUCAUGGGGAACAAUGCGAGACAGGAGAAUAAUGGUAGGGAUCUGACGAUAGCAUUUCUGCUGGUGACGAUAACAUAUACUUUAGUGGGAGCCGUGUUCUAUAUCUGCUUCCCACUCGCCAAGUCCUGCAUUGAAGAUAAUUUGUUGAAUAACUUUGAGAUGCACGAUGUGAUGACUGCCUUGGCUAGAAUACUGCUGCUGUUCCAAGUAAUAACAGUAUACCCGCUAGUAGCAUUCAUGCUCCGCACGGAAGCGAUCCUGCUCCUCCCGUUCGAGAAGUCCCGGCUGCUGACCAUCACCAUCAACCUCUCCAUCAUGACGCUCUGCAUACUCGUCGCCUGCUUCUGUCCCAGUAUAGGGACUAUAAUCAGAUACACAGGCGCAGUGAGCGGUCUAGUCCACAUCUUCGCGCUCCCCUCCCUCCUUCAGAUCCGGUCACUGCAGCUCCGGGGCAAGCUGACCUGGUGGAAGACCGUUUUCUAUUGCGCUAUACUAGUCUUCGGAGCUGUUAACCUACUCAUGCAGUUCUUCAUCAAUGAAUAAUAUUGACUUACUAUCUAAUCUAAGUUGUUGACAAGAAAAUUUUGAUCACUAUGUAAAAUAUAGCAUAAAUGUUGCUCGACUGCCUAAAUGCAGUGACAUGCAAAAAUAAUCUCUAUUGACAAGGUUUAAAGUUCCAUAUAAAACUUAUUUUGGAUAACCCAAUUCGUUCAAGGUGAAUGACUAUAUAGACCAAAGGGUCCCUGUAGAAAGAAGUUGAAAUAUUUCAAGUAGAUAAAUAAUGAUUUUACUAUUAUAAUCCAUACAAAGUAUUGUAAGCUACAGACGAAGGAAAAUUGCUCAAUAAUUCUCAAUUUAUAGAAUCUAUUAUUGACUUACCUCUAAUUAGCCUUUGGACUAAUUACAAUUAAGCUAUUUAUGAAUGCGACGGCGACCUCUCGCGUCCGGCUCUGGUUCAGGCCAUGGUGCGGAGCGAGGGGGACUGGGAUGCCGUCACCUCCUUCUGCGAAGCAGUCUGAGAGACUGUGAUCUGAUCUGUGAAGCAAUGCGAGAUCGCGUGACGAUCUCCGGCCACCGUAAGCGCGGGCCUGCGGACGGCGAGCAUGGGUGGCUCCCCGUCCGACCAGAAA